GACUUUGACGUUUACAAUUUCGGGUUCAGAGUGUAUCGUGGUCGACUUUUUCAAAUAUUUUGUUUAAUAAUUCUAAUAAAAAUGGAUAAAGUUGCGGAACUAGAGAAGAAAGUAAGCGAAUUAGAAGCUAAACUAGCCGCCGCACAGGGAAAUGUCGGCCCAGUGCGUCAGAAAAUAGACGUAAUGUCUUCUGAAGUAGUGGAUUCCAACCCCUACAGUCGUCUGAUGGCAUUAAAGAGAAUGGGCAUAGUGGAUAAUUAUGAGAAAAUCAGAGAACUAUCAGUAGCUGUGGUGGGAGUGGGCGGGGUGGGCAGUGUCACCGCCGAGAUGCUGACCAGGUGCGGCAUUGGGAAGUUAAUCUUAUUUGACUACGACAAGGUGGAACUAGCAAACAUGAACAGACUGUUCUUUCAACCGCACCAGGCCGGGCUCAGUAAGGUGGACGCAGCUGCCGCUACCUUGCAGGCCAUCAACCCAGAUGUAGCUAUAGAUGCUUACAACUAUAACAUCACCACUGUGGAUAACUUUCAGAAAUUUUGUGAUACUAUAAGCACAGGCAGCUUGACUGGUGGGCCGGUAGAGUUAGUGCUAAGCUGUGUGGAUAACUUUGAAGCUCGGAUGGCCAUCAACACAGCUUGCAAUGAGCUGAACCAGCGCUGGUUUGAGUCUGGAGUCAGCGAGAAUGCUGUGUCUGGACACAUACAAUUUAUAAUACCUGGAGAGACAGCUUGUUUUGCAUGCGCGCCGCCACUGGUUGUAGCGUCUAACAUUGACGAGAAAACGCUGAAGAGGGAAGGAGUUUGUGCUGCCAGCUUGCCCACUACCAUGGGAAUUGUGGCUGGGUUUCUAGUUCAAAACACAUUGAAGCAUUUGUUAAAUUUCGGAAAUGUCAGCAACUACCUGGGAUACAGUGCCUUAACAGAUUUCUUCCCCACUAUGACAUUGAAGCCCAACCCGCAGUGCGACGACUCGUACUGCCGCCGGCGACAGGCGGAGUUCAGCGCUCGGCCCGUCGUGGAGCUCGCCACCGAGGUGACGGAGGACGCGGGCCCCGUGCACGCCGACAACGAGUGGGGUAUCAGUUUACUGGACGAAAACUCUCCCGAGGAAGAAACUCCGAAUCUGAAACUUGUGGACGGUGUUCAGGUGGCAUACAGCGUGCCGGCCGACAGCAGCACGCCGGAGUCCAGCACGGGCGGCGCCGUGGCCGCCUCCGAGCUGUCGCUGGAGGAGCUCAUGCAGCAGAUGAAGUCCAUGUGAACGCGCGCCAGCGCCACGUGCGUGCUGUGCGUGUAAACGCGUCACCGUCAGCGUCACACACGCACUGUUGCUGCUAGGGUUGCCAACCGUAACGCGAGCGUUUUCCAUAAAUUAAAAGAAAUAGAUAAACGGUUCAAUACGCAUGAACCUAUAUGUAUCUUUGUCCUAUUCGUUGUUUAUACAAAGUUGUUAUUUUAUUUUGUUGGUAACAUUUGAUUUUUACUUGAAUUAUUUUUUUAAUUAUUACCCAAAAUUUGAGUGAGAUUUUGCUGCAGGUAGGCUUUAACCACUUCAUAACUAGGUACCGUGAAUUCGUAAAAUCAAAAUUCAAAGCGUCGCUGUAGCGCCAUGCUUUAGGUUUAGGAUUUGCCACUGCAGUAAAAACGACCCGUCCAGUAGGUUUUAAGUUUAUUAACAAACACAUAGUUUGAAAUUGAAAAGUAAUAGAAGUAAAAUCGAGAAUAACGUAAUCUCACACAAAAACAAAUUAAUUAUUUUUGAGACGCACUUUUAAAUAAACAAAAAACAACUUAUUGUGCGUCACGAGCACUAAAACAGCUCUCUUGUCGUAUCUCAAAUUUUAAAUUGAAUAUCUACCAAUUUCAGAAUAUGCCCUAGAGCAACGUUAUAAACUAUUUCUAAACUUGACCUGUUUAAUUAUUUCGUAACCCUAAUUAGCAUUUAUUAACCGUCUUCAAAAAAGGAGGAGGAUCUAUACGUUCAGGCAGGUAUAUUUAUUUUUGUGAAUUGUUUUAAUUAAAAAGUAUCGUUAUUUCCAUAUCAUGUUAUUCCGCAAAGUGAUGCAAUAUAGACGCAUAAUUUUCAGCAGCGAAAAAUUAGGUUAUGAUAAAUGUACAAGUACCUAUUGUAAUUGUUUUUUUAGGGAAAUGCGCUUCAAAAUAUGAAAUAUGAUUAUACAAAAGCGGUGUUAGUGUCGUGAGAAGCUUAUGAGCUUUGAACAUUUAAAUAAUCAUAAUUAUUGUGUUUAUAAAAUCGUGGUUAUAUGGUUUUUAAUCUCAAAAUUAAAUUAUACCUUUUGUUGUAAUGGCUCGUUUUCGCUGACCCAGUGUUACAGAAUCGGCCAUCAUACUUGAUCAGCGCCGUUUGCAUUGAUUCAGUAGAUAUUUUAUAAUAAACUUAUCUUUAAGAUGUUCAUUGUUCACAAAGUUGAUUAUAAUAUGUUAGUUAGUUUUGCCAUCUUUUAACCGACUUCCAAAGAAAAACGUGUCAAUGCUUUUUUUUUCUAAAAACUUGUUGACACGUCCACAUUGUCCAGACGUUAAAAUUGGUGUCGAGCUUGUAGCUUGGUGUAAAACUUGUUCAUGAUAGUUGUUAAAACGGACUUUUACUGAAUCAAAUGGGAUGGUGUUUUAUUACCUACAUAAAGAAAUAAUGUAAAUCUUAUAUUUAAAAUAUUGUUCGCUAGAUACGGAGUGCUAUAACACUUAGGUUCAUUUACACGAGCAGCACGUUGCCAACGGCAGCUGGCAACUAGCUGUAGUCGUCUGCAGUCAACGGCAGUCACCGACUGCAGUCAACGGCACCGAGACGUCGUCGUCGGUAGCAGUUGCUGCUCGUGUAAAUGUACUUAGUCAACUCAUCGCUUGCAUUUGCUAGUAGGCGAGCAUGUUGUGCGUUCAAAUUAAUCAAUUGUAGUUUUUCGAAUAAAAAAAAACAUAUAUUUUACAUACUCGUAUUUGAAAGACCAUUUCUGCAACUCUGUAUUUAACUUGUAAUUAUUAUUACCGGCAAAUUAACACAUUUACUCAUUUCUUAGAGAAUGUAUUAAGCGAUAUUGCAUUAAUUCGGUAGACAAAAUACGAUAGGCAAGUUGGCACUUUUAUAAAAUGGCCUUAAAUAAUUGAUCAUUAUAGUUCUACUAGAUUGAAAAAAAUAUCAUAUUUUUUGGCAUAUGAAAAUUUUAAUUUUUCAAUAUUAUUUGACAAUACGAGCCAAAACGCUGUCAGCCAUGAUAGUGUAUAUUUCAACAGUUUUAUGACGUCACGUUAACUAUUUCUUUACGAAACGAAGCGUUUGGUAAAAUAUUAGUUUGACGUUUAGUAACAUUGUGACGUCACAAAAUUUACGACAGCUUUUUUGACGUUUAUAUUGUUUAUAUUAAAUUUGACAUGAGUCAACUACUUAUUGAACACAAGUCAAAUGUGU